GUCUGACUGGAGGGAGAGAGAGCCCCUCUCUGCAUCCCUGAGCUGGUGAGAGAGGGGCUCAGACAGCCUGGGAGGGAAGCUGCACCCUACAUGGCGCUGGGAAGGCUGUCUCUGCUGUGGGGCUUGCAUUGGGCUGGCUGCGUUCUGGUGGUGGCUGCAGGACACAACAUCUCCCUAGACUUCGACUGCCACUCAAAGCCCAUACAAGCUAUCCUUCUUCCUGGUGAAGGUGCUAUAUUCCACUGUGACUUGGACAGUUCUGAUGGACCCUUUAAUGUCACCUGGAUGAAGGAUGGAGAGCAGCUGGACAGUGAAGGACCCCUGACUGUCUUACCAAAUGGAUCACUGGUUUUAUCACAGAAUGACAUAGACAGUAUUGAGGGGAAUUAUAGCUGCACAUCGCAGACCACCUUUGGAACUAUCAUGGGUAGAACUGGCACAGUCAGACUGGCAAAUCUGCCUCCCUUUUAUCAGCAACCUGAUUCUCAGUCUGUAGUACAGAAUAGCCUGGCAGUCUUUGAGUGUGGCAUUAGUGGGUCACCGCCUCCUGAGAUCACGUGGCAGAAAGACCGGGAACCUCUCCCUACCAACCCCAGGUUCCUCACCCUACCGUAUGGUAUCCUACAAAUUUCCAAGGUACAGGAGAAGGAUUCAGGGUUGUACCGUUGUGUGGCGACAAACACACUCAGUACAAGAUAUAGCAACGAGGCAAAGUUGUCUGUUUUGCAAGGUUCAGAACCAUUGGCAGAUGAUUUGAUAAUCACCAGAACACCACACAACCUGACAGUGGAAAUAGGUCAAAAAGCAUUAAUGGAGUGCAAAGCGGAGGGAGAUGUAGACCCACUGGUCUCCUGGAUUCGACAAGAUGGAAAACCGAUCUCCUCUGACAUUACGCUUUUGGGGGAGGCCAAUCUCCUGAUUCCACAAGCUCAGCCGUAUCAUGCUGGGAUAUAUGUAUGCCGAGCUAACAAGCCACUUAGCCGCCAUUUUGUCACAGCUUCUGCACAUCUGCGUGUUCUAGCCCACCCAGUUAUUGCUCAUCCCCCAGAAACCAUUACACGUGCUCGUGCUGGCACUGCUCGUUUUGUGUGCAGAGCAGAGGGGGAUCCAGAGCCAUCAAUUUCGUGGUUAAAGAAUGGACAUAUACUAUCCUCCAAUGGACGAGUCAGGAUUCAAACAAAGGGUAGCCUGGUGAUCACACAGAUAGCCUUGGAAGAUGCUGGGUAUUAUCAAUGUGUGGCAGAGAAUGACUUGGGCAGCUCCUGUGCCAUUGCUAAGCUGUAUGUGACAGUGCAAGAUGGUCUGCCUGGCCCACCACAAGCUGUGCGGGCUCAGGCAGUGUCCGGCAAAAUGGUGACUGUGAACUGGGAGCAACCUGAGAGCAAUUGGGAGCGGGUUAUUGGGUUUUCUCUGCACUACACCAAAAAUGGAGAUAACAUGGAAUACCAGUUUGCGGUGAAUAAUGAUACGACAGAACUUCACGUAAAAGAUCUAGAGCCUGGGACCAGCUAUACUUUCUACGUUGUGGCUUAUUCUCAGCAAGGUGCCAGUCGUACCUCACAGCCAGUAGAGGUUAAAACAUGGGAUGAAGUACCGGCUGCUGCACCCAUCCUGUCCCUGAGUAGCGAGUCUGCAUCUGAUCUCCACAUCAAGUGGCAUCCACUUCCACCCGAGCUGAGCAAUGGCAAUAUUAUUGAAUAUCGCAUUGAGUACGCUGCUCAGAUGGGCGGUGUGAUUUACACUGUGGAGAUUGGAGGAAAUGAAACGCAGGUUAUUCUCUCAUCUCUGCUGCCCAGCAUGAUAUACAAGGCGAGGAUCUCUGCCAGCACCACAGCAGGUUACGGAGCAUUUUCAGACUGGGUCCAACACCGCACUCUUGACAAAGACAACCAAACACAAGUAACCUUAUCUCCAAUCCAACUGAAGGUCAGUGCCCGCACAGACUCCCUUUCUCUCAGUUGGCAACUGCCCCCAAGUGAGCUCCCCUCUGGGUUCAGAUUGUUUUACCGUACAGCAUGUCCUGCCACAAUUAUGGCUGUCUCCUGUCCGCAAAGAGGUGACAACUGGGAUGUAGGACCCAUCAAAUUAAAAAAGAAACGCAGGCAAUAUGAGAUAACUCACUUAGUCCCUGGGCAGCUGUACCAAGUCAAACUGGUGGCAUUUUAUAAAAAUCAAGAAGGACAGACUGCAUUCUGGGAGGGGAGGACCAAACCCAUCCCAUCUAUACCACCAGACCUCCAUUCUCAAAGAAUCCUCCUACAUCCUCCCAGCCAUAUUGAAGCAGUGUCCAACAGCUCCACAUCAGUGUUGGUACAGUGGAGAAGACCAGCCUUUAUCACUGGCAAAAUUGUGAACUACACUGUACGUUGUGCACCAUGGGCAACUAAGAAUACCUCGCUGGUCACAUACUACAGCAGUGCCACUGAAGAGAUCCUGGUCCGUGGCCUGAGACCAUAUACUAGGUAUGAAUUUGCAGUUCAGUCUAAUGGAGUUGGAAUUGAUGGGCCCUUUAGUAACACUGUGGAGAAGAUGACACAUCCAGACAGACCCGCCUCCCCUCCUGCUGAUUUGGUGCUACAUCCAGUUUCCCAGACUUCUGUUCAGGUGCACUGGCGCCCCCCUGUGGAAUCUAAUGGUAUCAUUGUGCAGUACCUAAUAAUGUACAGCACUAACAUCAGCUACCCAGAUGAGAUGUGGACUCUUCUUACCAGAGAAGGUAAUGUUUUUAGUAUAGAGGUACACGGACUACAAAGUGGGACCAAAUAUUUUUUCAAGAUGGGAGCAAAGACAGUGUCAGGCUGGGGACCAUAUAGCGCUGUAAAAGAAGUUGAGACAUUGCCACCAAGACUUCCAGCAGAUGUCCUGGAUAUGAAUUCUGUGACCGGCAUCAUUGUGGGUGUCUGCUUGUGUCUUCUGUGCCUUCUUCUCUGUAUGUGCGCCAGCUUCCAGCAAGGCAAGCAAAGGGAAGUUGGAGCAGAUUUGGGGUCACGUUCUAACAGGGGCCCCUCUUCAUAUCAGAGGGCCAGACAGGGAUCUUGUUCACAAUCUCACUGCCAAGAUUCCCAUGAACUGGAGACCCUUAUGCCUCUUCGCCAUGAGGACAUUCCCACACUGCCGGUGCCAGAAGUCACUGAUUUAAUAGGGGGACAUGUCACAGCCACCCAAUCAGAGGAUAAGAACCAGUUAAAGCUAAAGCCUUCUUGGAAUGGAUCCAUCACCCAAAACUGGGCAAACCAUAUAACCAGUUAUGCUGAAACAAUCAGUGGAGACCCUUCCACUGCAGCAAAUGGUUCCACAAACCCGUUUCCUAUUGGUGGACUGAGGAUGACAUUGCAGGAACUUACCUACGAGCCCAUAAAGCUGGACGUUGCAAGAGGUCACAAGAAUUCAAGCCAUAACCAAGUGGAGGCUGAUGUGAUUGUUCAUUCAGACUUCUCUGCCUCGGAGAGAAGCGGCCGUUGUGCUGGAUUGGAAUCUGAAGAGGAAGAAGAGGAGUUAAGUUUAGAUCAAAACAUAGUACAGACUGUGUCUCAGACAUCAGUUCCUAGUCCUGUGUCCCUGCCAGCAGCUACAGACUGUGAAACUCAUGGUUCAAGUGAACAGUUGGAUGUGCCAAUUCUUAAAGAAAUAAAGACAGAUGACAGGGUCACAAAGAACCAUCCCCUUGUAAAUGGUUUCCAUAGGAGCUUGGACUCUCAGGAACCUUCAGAAAAUAUGGGCACUGGUUUCCCUGUAGUGGAAGGAGAUUUACAGCAUGAAGAAGGUUCUCCUGUCAAUAAGGACCAACAUGACAUUACUGCCAGUAAUAAACUAGUACCACUACAUUCCACAAACCCUGCAAGACUGUACUCCGAACCCUAAACUCUGGUGGGAAUUAAAAACUCCAUAUCUUAGAUGAUGGAGUGUGGUGAUUGAAUUACAAUUCAGAGAAAAAAAGAUUUCACUAUCAGAGGAGUAAAUAAACAAAUGUGUUAGAUCAGGGCAGUCCCACUCUCAACCUCAAAAAUGACAAACCUACCACUGCUUGAGGAAUAAUCAAAUUGACUGAAUGUGAUUGAAUGGCCUAUGCUUAUGCUAGGAAAAUCUUAACUCCAGGCAUUUUUUUCAGCCCUCUUGGUGGAGUUAGAUUUCCUUGUGUUAGAGACUAUUAUUAAAUGUGGUGUGGGUGGGAAUUCCAGUUUAUCUGUGAUAUUGGGUAAGCAAAACAAACAUGUUACUGUCGAAAUUCCAGUUUGUAACCAAACGGUACCCUUGCCUUGAUGAUCCUUCUGCCAGCCUUUUAUAACAUACAGUGUUAACAUGCACAAGCACUUCAUGAGAAAGAAAUGAGUGAAAAAGUAGAAAUGAAUAACAGUCAUUGGGUGACAUCAAUGGGUCUGUGAUGGUUUCUGCUUGUCAGUAUUCAUGGUAUUGUACCUUUUGAGAGAUUGCAACACGCAAUGCAGAUCUGUAUUUUCUCCUCACUAAAUACAGUUUUUUUGUGACAGGCAAGGACGCCUUCAUUUAACUUUUUAUCUACAAGGAUUUUUUUUUUAUAUAAAUACAAAAGCAUACAAAUCAGAGGAAUUUCAAUAUGCUACAAUGUGAUACAGUCUCACCAAAGUGUUCUGGUUCAAAGUUUUAUCCUACACAGUUGUUGCCUUUUGAAACUUUUGGUGGGAACAUAAUUUAUUCUGAUGAAAACUAUGUGCCAUAAGAAACGUCUCUUUGAACAGCUUUCAGUCUGCUAACUGGAAUGUGCAGCUUACAUUUGUAAGACUCUCUGUUCUCUCUCUCGUUUCCUCCCUCUUUCUUUCUCCCUCACCUCUAUCUGCCUCCAUCUCCCUCUCUCUGCCUCCAUCUCUCUCCGCCUCCCUCUAUCUCUGUUGCUCCCUCUCUCUCUGUAUCUCCCUUUUGUUCCUUCCUGCUCUCUCUCUUGUUUCUCUCUGCUUCUCCCUCCCUUUUCUUCUCUCCAUGUGAAUAAGGUAUUACCAUGAUACAGUCCUACUUCUGAUGUGGUAAAAGACUGGCCUGGACAUUGAUAAAACAUUUAUUGUUACCUACUGAUAAAAACCCUCACUUUUUAUGGGAAUGACUGAUCCUUGCUUUCCAGUGGCACAGGGACGACCCUCAGCCUGUCAGUUUACACAUGAUAUAACCUGUCACGGAUAUCUGGAUGGUGCUACGAAAUGUCCCCUUUGUGAAAAUAGCCCUGCAAAUAUGCACUCUGUGAGUGCUGCUUAUCACCUUAUGGAACUCUUUUUUUUUCUAACUUAUCUGAUGUGGAGAGCACUUCACAGUGCUUCCUCCCCAUUGAAACCCCCAGCCGUGAAAGUUUUAAUUGCUAUCUAAUGAAAUCUUCAUGCUACAACAGAGUUACAGCCAAUGAGACAAUGUGCUUAUGGUACAUCAAAGUCUACAAUCAAAGGUUGAUGCCACUUACCAGGCUAAUGCAUUAGAAACUCUUCAUAUUUACAAUCUUUCAAGGGUCACACCCUUUCUCUUUAAUAUAGUACAAAGAUACUUGUGGAAAAAUAUGCUUGUAAAGUUUUGCAUAAUAUAAAUAGAAUUAUGUUUUGUUUCACAGCAAAA